GUGGGCGGCGGAGCCCGGGAGCGCGCGGGCGAGACCAUGGCGGGCAGCGGUACGGGGGUCGGUGGUGUCGGGGAGACGAAGGUGAUUUACCACCUGGAUGAGGAAGAGACUCCCUACCUGGUGAAGAUUCCUGUCCCCGCGGAGCGCAUCACCCUCGGCGAUUUUAAGAGCGUUUUGCAGCGGCCCGCAGGCGCUAAGUACUUUUUCAAGUCUAUGGAUCAAGAUUUUGGGGUGGUAAAGGAAGAAAUUUCGGAUGACAAUGCCCGCCUACCUUGCUUUAAUGGAAGGGUCGUCUCCUGGCUAGUGUCAUCAGAUAACCCCCAGCCUGAGAUGGCUCCCACAGCCCAUGAGCCUCGAACAGAACUGGUGCCUCCACCCCCGCCAUUGCCGCCUUUGCCACCAGAGAGAACCAGUGGCAUCGGUGACUCAAGGCCUCCAUCCUUCCACCCUAAUGUGUCCAGUAGUCAUGAAAAUUUGGAGCCUGAGACAGAAACCGAGUCUGUUGUGUCACUGCGUCGAGAGCGGCCGCGGAGGAGAGACAGCAGUGAGCAUGGCGCUGGGGGCCAUAGGCCCAGCGGACCCUCCAGACUGGAGCGCCAUCUGGCUGGGUACGAGAGCUCCUCUACCCUCAUGACCAGUGAGCUGGAAAGCACGGGCCUGGCAGAUUCAGAUGAGGACGACGCCAUGAGUAGGUUCAGCAGCUCCACAGAACAGAGCAGUGCCUCCCGUCUCCUCAAGCGCCACCGGCGGCGGAGGAAGCAGCGGCCACCUCGCAUGGAGAGGACCUCGUCCUUCAGCAGCGUCACGGAUUCUACGAUGUCGCUCAACAUCAUCACGGUCACGCUCAACAUGGAAAAGUACAACUUCCUGGGAAUCUCCAUUGUGGGCCAAAGCAACGAACGGGGUGAUGGCGGCAUCUACAUUGGCUCCAUUAUGAAGGGCGGAGCUGUGGCUGCCGAUGGGCGCAUCGAACCUGGCGACAUGCUUUUGCAGGUGAAUGACAUGAACUUCGAGAACAUGAGCAAUGAUGAUGCUGUGCGGGUUCUGAGAGACAUUGUGCACAAGCCAGGCCCCAUCGUGCUGACCGUGGCCAAGUGCUGGGACCCUUCUCCCCAGGCCUACUUCACCCUCCCUCGAGAUGAGCCCAUCCAGCCCAUCGACCCUGCGGCUUGGGUGUCGCACUCCGCUGCGCUGACUGGCACCUUCCCCACCUAUCCUGGCUCCUCCUCCAUGAGCACCAUUACAUCUGGAUCUUCUUUGCCUGAUGGCUGUGAGGGCCGGAGUCUCUCCGUACAUAUGGACAUGGCAUCUGUGACCAAGGCCAUGGCAUCUCCAGAGUCUGGAUUGGAAGUUCGGGACCGCAUGUGGCUUAAGAUCACUAUCCCCAAUGCCUUCCUAGGCUCAGAUGUGGUUGACUGGCUGUACCAUCAUGUGGAGGGCUUUCCUGAACGUCGGGAGGCCCGCAAGUACGCCAGUGGGCUGCUGAAGGCAGGUCUCAUCCGACACACCGUGAACAAGAUCACCUUUUCUGAGCAGUGCUACUAUGUCUUCGGGGACCUCAGUGGUGGCUGUGAGAGUUACCUGGUGAAUCUGUCCCUGAAUGACAACGAUGGUUCAAGUGGGGCUUCCGACCAGGACACCUUGGCUCCUUUGCCUGGGGCCACGCCAUGGCCCCUGCUGCCUACCUUCUCCUACCAGUACCCGGCCCCGCACCCGUACAGUCCCCAGCCCCCGCCCUACCAUGAGCUUUCGUCCUAUACCUAUGGUGGAGGCAGUGUCAGCAGCCAGCACAGUGAGGGGAGCCGGAGCAGUGGCUCGACAAGAAGCGAUGGGGGUGCUGGGCGCACAGGGAGGCCUGAGGAGCGGGCCCCUGAGUCUAAGUCGGGCAGUGGCAGUGAGUCUGAGCUCUCCAGCCGGGGAGGCAGCCUUCGGCGUGGUGGGGAACCUAGUGGGACUGGUGACGGGGGCCCUCCCCCAUCGAGGGGCUCAACAGUGGGUACUCCAAAUCUCCGUCCUCUUCCGGGCCUCCAUCCCUAUGGACCUCCCCCUGGCAUGGCUCUCCCCUAUAAUCCCAUGAUGGUGGUUAUGAUGCCCCCACCUCCUCCCCCUGUCCCGGCAGCAGUGCAGCCCCCUGGGGCCCCACCAGUCAGAGACCUGGGUUCUGUGCCCCCAGAACUGACAGCCAGCCGCCAAAGCUUCCAUAUGGCUAUGGGAAACCCCAGUGAGUUCUUUGUAGAUGUCAUGUAGAGCCCAGCUUUGGCCACUUGGGCCUGUGCCCUUGGUCUGUGGUUUCAGCUUGGUGCUCUGUAGUGCCUGGGCUCAGCCUAGUGGCUGUCGUCUGCCGUAUCAUUGCCACUGUGACACUCACCAGCAGUGCCUGGUCCUCCCCCUUCCUCAAGGGGUAGACAGGGACCUUUGGUUAUUUUUAGCUUUAUUUUUUAUAAGCCUUUCUGGGGUUAAAAUAGUUUUUUACAUUUGGGGGGGAGUAUUUUUCUAAAUAGACAUUUCCUCUUUUAUAUGAAGAAUCCUUAUUUCCUGGGUCCCUUCUAACCCCAGAAUGUAACCACCUCUUCCAGUUGUCUAGUCAGUUCUGUUCCUCAGAGGGUGUGGGGGGGGUGGUUAGAGGUACCCUGGGAAGAGGAAGGGGGUUGGGUACCCUAGACAGCAGUCUAAGGAAGCUGGUGGGCAUUUGGGGGCUGUGUAGCUGCUUUUGUUAUUCUAUUUAUUUUAGGCAAUUGUAUAAAACACCAAAUAAAGCAAUAGAGGCAAA